AAAAGCUCCUUUCCGGUAACUACGCGUAUAGCAUUGAUCUACAAGGAAAGUGAAAAGUGAUAUGCAGCGUGACAGUUGGGACCAGGAUAGUAAAAAUGCUCUUAGUAUUUGUCUAUACCAUUAUUGGUAUGAUGCCGUAAGUGCCAAAUGAACAAACGUGAACUAAAACAUGCCUACCGCUAAAGACUGUAGUGCUAAGAAAAUGUGUUCUCUGUGCCCACCUCGCAAGAAGACUCUUCCCAAGAAAAACGUCAGAUUCGAUUCCAUCGUCGACACUUUCUCCAUCUCGGACACCACGUCAUCACAUCAACGGCCCUGGUUGACUCUAGAAAACAGAUUUUGACGAAGUAAUCCGGCAGGUGAAAUAAAGUCCAAAAAAAAAGAAUGAAAAUUGUGC